CAAUAUAUUUAUUAUAUUUUAUUCGGUUAGUGAUAUUCAUUUGGGUGUGUUGUAUACUUUGUGAUCGCGCAAAUAUUUUGAUAAAAAAAUCCUCUUUAAAUAAGUUAAAAUGGCUACGCCACCACGGGAAACUAUUCAGAAGCAAAUUCAGCAAGACUGGGCCAACAGAGAAUACAUUGAAGUCAUUACGGGGAGCAUAAAAAAGAUAACAGACUUCCUCAAUUCCUUCGAUAUGUCUUGUAGAUCACGCCUAGCUACGUUAAACGAGAAAUUGACAUCUUUGGAGAGGAAAAUUGACUACUUGGAGGCCUGCGUCACAAAAGGGGAAACAUUAACAUAAUAGUACCUUAGGUAUAAUACUAAUAUAACCUAACUAUAAACUAAAUGUCACAGUGUAAUUAUUAGUUUAAGAUAUGUAGAAACUCCAAACUAAAUGUUAUUUUAGAUAAAAUGGUUUUUGUAUAUUUAAAAAAAAAGUGUGUAAUUGGUGACAAAGUAUUUGUUAUACUGAUCUGCCAUGCUAUGUGAAGCUGAUUGAUACAUACAUAGUUUGAUAUAGGUAUGUGCAUAAUUUGCAUAAUUCAACCGUAAAAAUCAAAAAAAUCAUGCAUAACCAUUAACAUUUACUUGAUUUUACUAAAUCUUUAGUUAUUAUGACACUGUGACGUCUGUGACUAAAUAUUAUAACAUAAGAGCGUUUUAAAACUUGCAUUUAAGUUUGCAAUUAUAUAAAUAAUUUAUAAAUUAUGUAAUUAGUAAUACAUUUUUGUAUAGCAAC